AUGAGUGGAAGAAAAUUAGCUGCUGCAGCAAUGCCAUCAAGGCGUCGCAUGGCUCAAAAUUAUCUGGUCAUUUGGGUCGAUGGCAACAUCGACGAAAACAAUGACGAUUACCGAAGUACACUGGCACAACUACGCACAGUGGUCAGUGAUGUGAACGCGUGCACGACACCAGAGCAGUGUGUCGAAUUUCUCGAUGAGAUUGAUGAUGGCAAAGCCUUCAUAAUUUCAUCGGAACCAUUAGGACAAAGCCUUGUAAAUGACAUUCACGGCAUACCAAAAGUGGAUGCCAUUUACAUUUUGUGCGACAACAAGGCGUGCCAUGAACCAUGGGCGAAGGAAUGGUCCAAGAUUCGAGGUGUUUUCACCUCCAUCAAGCCGAUAUGUGAAUCGCUGAAAAAGGUCGCCCAUGAGUGCGAUCAUGAUUCGAUCCCGAUGAGCUUCGUUCCGAAGCAAACAGUGGCAGAAGGGGUAACAGGCUCGGAUCAAAAAAGUCUUAAUCAAUUACCACCGAAUUAUAUGUACUCGGUAAUCUUCAAGGAUAUUAUAUUAGAAAUCGAUGACGAUGACGAAAAAUCUAUGAACACUUUAGCAAUAUAUUGCCAAAAACAAAAUAUCCCAGAAAAAGAAAUAAAUAAAUUUAAGCUUAACUACCACCAGAAAUCAGCAGUCUGGUGGUAUACCAAACAAAUUUUUCUCUAUGGUAUGCUUAAUCGUGGGUUAAGAUCGCUUGAUAUGGAAGCGAUGUCCAAAUUAGGAUUUUUCAUUCGAAAACUGCAUCUUCAAUUAGAACAAUUGCAUCAGGAGCAGUCGGCAAGUUUCAAGAAAUCCUUUACCGUUUAUCGUGGUCAGGGGCUCAGUCAACAAGACUUUCAAAACCUAAUGGAUUCAAAAGGUGGGCUCCUUUCAUUCAACAAUUUCUUAUCGACUAGUAUGGAAAGAGAAGUGGCCACAUUAUUUGCUCCACAGAUCCUAGAGAGAAAUCCAGAUAUUGUGGGUGUUAUGUUUAUUAUGAAAAUAGAUCCAAGUAAAAUAUCAACUUCAAUCACACCAUUUGCAAUGAUUGAUGAACACAGUGCUCUCCCACAAGAACAAGAAAUAUUAUUUACAAUGCACACUGUUUUCCGUGUUGGUGAAAUUAAACAGACGCCUGAGAAUAGUCGUCUUUGGGAAGUACAAUUAGCUAUUACUGACGAGAGUG